UCUCUAUCUCUCCAACAACGGCGAAGACGGCUGCCGUUCUCUGCUUCUCAACAAAGUCUAUCAGAGAGCAUAACAUUAGCCAUCAUUAGCACUAUACCAUAACUCUCCGCUUUCGUCAUACUCAUUUCGUCCUAGAAGUUUAAGCAACACUGGAAAAUGAAAAUCUAGAGAGAGAAAUUCGCCGACCUAUACAUUCACAAAGCUCUGUAUAUAUAUGUCCAUCAGCUCCUAUACAUUCAAACAAACAUACAUUUAUGAGCACAGGUACGCAGCAUAUAUGGCUUUUGUGCUCGCGUAGCAGAUCUCGAGAAUAUUUAGAAGCGAAGCAAGUAGCGGAGGGAGGAUUUUAUCGUCCCGUUCGUGAAUCCGCGUUUGCCGCAUUUCAGGUUUGUUCGCACUGGUUGGAUUUUGAUUCGGUUUUCAUGGUGCUGAGGAAUUCGACAGAGUGAGGUUAAUGGACGAAAGAGGAGGAUCGUUUGUGGCCGUGAGAAGAAUAUCGCAAGGCCUAGACGGAAGCAAUACCUGCCAUUCAACCUCUGAGGUUGUAGCAGGAUCAGCAGCAUGGCUUGGCAGAGGGCUUUCAUGUGUUUGUGCUCAAAGAAGAGUGGGUGAUGCUCGGCUUAUAUUUGAUUUGACACCUACCCAGAAGGAAUGCUUGCAGAGGCUUCAUAACCGUAUAGAUAUUGCUUAUGAUAGUUCAAUUCAUGAACAUCAGGAAGCUUUAAUGGAUUUGUGGAAUGCUGCCUUUCCUGGUGAGGAACUGUGUGGCCUGAUAUCUGAACAGUGGAAGGAAAUGGGUUGGCAAGGCAAAGAUCCAUCCACUGACUUCAGGGGUUGUGGACUUUUAUCGCUGGAAAACUUAUUAUAUUUUGCUAGGAGCUUUCCUAAAUCCUUCCAGGAUCUUCUACAUAAGCUAGAAGGUAAUCGGGCCAUAUGGGAAUACCCAUUUGCUGUUGCUGGUGUCAACAUAACAUUUAUGCUUAUCCAGAUGCUUGACCUUGAAUCAAUAAAACCACGAAACUUGGUAGGGGCUACCUUCUUGAAGUUUCUUGCAGAAAAUGAAUCAGCAUUUGAUCUUCUGUAUUGCAUUGCGUUCAAGCUGAUGGAUCAACAGUGGCUUGCCAUGCGUGCAUCAUAUAUGGACUUCAAUACAGUUAUAAAGGCUACACGCCGGCAAUUGGAAAAGGAGAUUCUCCUAGAAGAUGUAUCACGGCUGGAAGAUUUGCCCUCAUACAACCUUCUUAGUCGAUAGGUAAACUCCGAUUUGAUUCUUGAAGGAAAACAGGUGUAGGUAACCUAUUAUUCAAUUAUCGGCUACUGAGUGAGUGUUGUAUACAACCUUGAAACUUGAAAUAUAGGUUGGAAGACCAUUGCACCAAUUUCCUUCUCUGCGCUCUCCACUGGAUCAC